GUCAACUGAUCGAACAAAAGAUUCGUUUCUCAGAUUUAGGUCUUUCACACUUCAGGUUUACUUUUCUCUGAAGAUGAAGGCUCUAAUUUUCUUCGUAGUUUUUCAUGUAGCAACAGGUCAGCUUUUACCAAAACACGAGGAGCUUGACAAACAGUGGACGCUUUUCAAAAUUCGUUUCGGAAAAUCAUACGAAAAUGAGGAAGAAAAAUUACGUCGUACGAUUUGGCAACACACAUUGCGUGAUAUUGCCCAGCAUAACAUUGAAGCAGAUCUUGGAAUGCAUUCCUACAGGAUGGGAAUCAAUCAGUUUUCUGACAGAGUGCCACAGGAGUUGGUUGGAAAUGCUGGGGAAUUCUUCAGUAAAAGAAAUCCUCGGAUUGGACCUUACUGGAAAUACAAUCCAUUCCACGAUGAUCCUGUACCGGAGACAUUAGAUUGGAGAGACGCUGGACUCGUGACACCAGUUAAAAACCAGGAGCCUUGUGGUGCCUGUUGGGCCUUUUCUGCCACGGGAUCAUUAGAGGGACAACAUAAGAAAAAAACUGGGCAGCUUGUUUCUCUCAGUGAGCAGAAUCUAGUCGAUUGCUCUACAGAAAACAAUGGAUGCAAUGGCGGAGAUGUGAAUGCUGCUUUCGAAUACGUAGUCAAAAAUGGAGGAAUAGACACAGAGUCUUCAUAUCCUUAUACAGCCACGAACGGAACUUGUCAUUUUAACAACAAGAAUAUUGGUGCCACCUGUUCAGGAUAUAUGAAUAUUCCAGAGGGGGAUGAGGAAGCUUUAAAGAAAGCAGUUGCUACCGUUGGACCCAUAUCAGUCAUCAUUGACGCUUGCCACAAUACAUUCAUCAAUUACAGGAGUGGAAUUUUCGACGAACCGAAGUGUCGGACAGACAUCCCGAGUCAUGCUGUACUUGUGAUUGGUUAUGGAACGGAAGAUGGAAAAGAUUACUGGCUAGUUAAAAAUAGUUAUCUGCUGACUGAGUUUUGGCUAUAUUAACGUCCCGUUUUAAAGCAACAUUAAUGCUAAUUUGAGACGGACCUCAUAAUUUUGAACAGUGGUCAGAUGACGAGGCACCUAAGCUGGCACCUACCUCUCCGCACCACAUCACACCAGCUGGAGGAAGUUUGGCUCGGACGGAUUUAACGUGCACCAACCCUCUUACACGACGGUUCUUCGGUAGAAUCUGGUCAUGAACCUAAAACCCUCUGGUUCCGAAGCCAAGACUUUACCACCAGGCCACCGCAAUUCCAACUAAUGACUGAGAGAAAACAGUUAAAAUAUUAUAAUUUGUUUUUAUGUAAUAUAUUCCCAUUAUAUAUUGAAAAAGAUGGGAAACAAUGUUAAAAACAAGAGAAAAAACAAACAAACAGGAUACUACUAUACCUGAAAAGCAGGAUUAUUUAUAAUUAUGAUAAGCCGAAAAAAUUUUAAUUUUUCUAUGAUGAAAUUGCAUAAGUUAGCAAAUUAAAAAAAACGCAUGUAAGUAUAUUCCAAUUCCAUGUAUAAAAGUCUUAUAUAAUGCUGCAGUAGAUAUUGUUACGAAUUUGAAAUAUUGCUCCGCUGCUCAGUUUAUUUGCCUUUAAAGAAGGCAGCUCUAAUAGAUGCUGAAUGGAAUCUGGGUCAAUGGUCCCUGGGCUUGAAGAGAAUUUGGCGAUAAAAAUAUUUGACCCGAAAUAUUUGUGAAUCUUGGCGACAGCUCCAUUGUACUAGAGUUUUGACAUUUAUUAGAAAUUCGAGACCUUGUCAUCACUAGAGAGCUUAGUCUAACAGAUGCUAGGAGUUAAAUCUAUUAGGUGGAGCAAUUGAGCUGACUUCGACUUAAUGAGUAAAGCCUCUUUUUGAAGAAAUGAUCUCCUGCGUGUUCUCUGUCUUAUGCAACUGAAGUUGCUUAAUAGCGAUGAACGGCUUAUGUGUUGCUGUUUACUGCAAGUGAGUACAGUUCUUGAGUAUGCGUCGGCUGCGUUUUGCUACUAUGUAUUCGUAUUUUUAUAGAAUAAAGCGUCGUUAUCUGUUAUUGAGUCUGUUGGGAUUUUUAAUCGAAAUACAUCAAACAGAUUUGAUUUUCCGUAGAAAUUGCAUUUAAAGUAUUUUUAAAUCCAUCCUUGAAUCCCUCAUUUAGAUAAUAUUUCCAUCUUUGUUUGUUU